GUGUUUCUUCUUCCCUCACCGGUCGCCACCUGAUUCAGAGACAGAGAGAGAGAGAGAAGGCGCCCAUAGAGGGGAGAGAGAGAGAGAACCUUUCUUUCAUUCUUCCUCUUUCACCGGGCUUCUCUCUCUCUCGCGCGCAUACUCCUCAGAGGCGAAAGACUCUCUCCUCUUCCGACAGCUUUUCCGUCAUGAUCUCCUUGAACCGCACCUCUUUGCUGAGCAACUCAGGCGUUAAUGGGUCGGGUAUAAAUGCCCGGAGACAGAGAUGCCGACCCCCAGCUUAUGUGAAGGUCCUUGCUUCGCGUUCAAAUCAGGAUCAGAAAGGGAUAGCAACCAGCGAACGAAGCGGCAGCGCUUUGGUGGAGAGUACAUUGAAGGAAACGAAGGACCAUGCUCCAUCUUCGUGCGUCAGCGUCGACCUCGAUUCCACCGUCGGUGGCGGCGUCAAGGACGUGUACGGUGAAGAUAGCGCCACGGAGGAUCAGCUCGUGACGCCCUGGGCUGUGUCUGUGGCUAGUGGAUAUAAUUUAUUACGAUAUCCACACCAUAAUAAAGGACUGGCCUUCUCUGAGAAAGAGAGGGAUGCACACUAUCUGCGUGGCCUCCUCCCUCCAACAGUUGUUUCUCACGAUCUUCAGGUGAAGAAAAUGAUGCACAACAUUCGCCAAUAUCAAGUUCCCUUGCAGAAGUAUAUGGCCAUGAUGGAUCUUCAGGAAAUGAAUGAAAGACUAUUUUACAAGCUUCUCAUUGAUAAUGUUGAGGAGCUACUUCCUGUUGUCUACACUCCAACUGUUGGUGAAGCUUGCCAAAAAUAUGGGAGCAUCUUCAGGCGUCCUCAGGGCCUGUUUAUUAGCUUGAAAGAAAAGGGGAGGAUUCUUGAGGUGUUGAAGAAUUGGCCAGAGAGGAGUAUUCAGGUUAUAGUUGUGACCGAUGGUGAGCGGAUCUUGGGACUCGGAGAUCUUGGUUGCCAGGGAAUGGGGAUACCAGUGGGAAAGCUUUCAUUAUACACUGCUCUUGGAGGAGUCCGUCCUUCAGCAUGCUUGCCUGUGACCAUUGAUGUGGGGACAAACAAUGAGAACCUGUUGAACGACGAGUUCUACAUUGGGCUCAGGCAGAGGAGGGCUACUGGACAGGAGUAUGCUGAACUUCUACAUGAAUUCAUGACUGCAGUCAAGCAGAUCUACGGGGAAAAAGUCCUUAUCCAGUUUGAAGACUUCGCAAACCACAAUGCAUUUGAUCUACUUGAGAAGUAUGGCACAACUCAUCUUGUUUUCAAUGAUGAUAUUCAGGGAACAGCUUCAGUGGUCCUUGCUGGGCUUGUCGCGGCUCAAAAAUUAGCUGGCAGAACGUUGGCUGAUCAUAGGUUCUUAUUCCUGGGAGCUGGAGAGGCUGGUACUGGAAUAGCUGGACUCAUAGCCCUUGAGGUGUCAAAACAGACGGGCGCUCCUUUGGAAGAGACUCGUAAGAACAUAUGGCUUGUCGACUCAAAGGGAUUGAUUGUUAGCUCCCGAAAGGAGUCUCUGCAACACUUCAAGAAGCCCUGGGCUCAUGAGCAUGAACCCAUUAAGGAACUUGUGGAUGCUGUAAAAUCAAUCAAGCCAACUGUGCUGAUUGGAACAUCUGGAGUGGGAGGAACGUUCACCAAAGAAGUGGUUGAGGCCAUGGCCGCUCUAAAUGAGAAACCAAUAAUUCUCUCUCUUUCAAACCCGACUUCACAAUCAGAAUGUACGGCAGAAGAAGCAUACACAUGGAGUCAGGGCCGUGCUAUCUUUGCGAGUGGAAGCCCGUUCGCUCCUGUUGAGUACGAAGGGAAGGUUUAUGUCCCUGGCCAGGCAAAUAAUGCCUAUAUCUUUCCUGGACUUGGGCUGGGCUUGAUAAUGUCUGGCGCAAUUCGGGUUCACGAUGAUAUGCUUUUGGCUGCCUCCGAGGCCUUGGCUGCACAGGUGACUCAGGAAAAUUAUGACAAGGGACUCAUAUACCCGCCUUUCGCUAAUAUCAGAAAGAUUUCCGCACAUAUUGCAGCCGAUGUGGCUACCAAAGCUUAUGAACUAGGUUUGGCAACUCGCGUUCCUCGACCGGAUGAUCUGGUGAAGUAUGCAGAAAGCUGCAUGUAUAGCCCCGCCUACCGAAAUUACCGGUGAACCCCGCGAGAGAUGCUACUGAAGUUUUGCCGCUUCAAGUUUGCUAUUGGAGCAUAGUAUUUAUCGAUCUUUCUGUUCUCUGUUUGCCUCAUUGGUUAUUUAUAUACCCUGCCACUACCUAGGACAGAUGUUCUACGAAAUGAAAUGAAGAAUUUAGGUCAUACAAUAGUGAAAGACGAAAGUGGGAUUAUAGCUAAUAUCUAAUGUCAAAAAGCUUUCCAGACAUGACCAAGAGUCAAAUCUCAAAUAUUAGCGUAGCUUGAGCUGGAUCAGUUCAACGGAAACAAUCCUUGCAACGUACGUGCCUGAAGGUUAUUUCGGUCUC